CUUGCCCUCCAGAACUCGUCUCCCUACUCUGAGAUCUUUGUCUUCACUGAUGCAUCUGCUAAAGAUGCUCACCUGAAGAACAUCGCUGAAUAUCUAAUUCAGAAAAAGCAGUGCAAGGUCAGCUGGACCUUUAAAGAUCUUUAA